AUGAUCAAGCGGAGUUUUUACGAAAACUUCAAAAAGUUAUAUAACCAUGUGCAAGGAGUGAAGACGGUGACAAACUUUCAAGCCACUGGUACGCUGACACCGUUGGAGUUUGUUGAGGCAGGAGACGAGCUGGUCCAAAAAAUGCCGGUAUGGGCAUGGGCAGAAGGCCCAGAGAAGAUCCAGCCCUUUUUACCGCCCAAUAAAAAAUACCUGGUGUACCGCGGGGCGCCAUGCUACGAACGCGCGCCAGAUAUUGAGCACACGGAAGACAACGAUGUUGACGGUGAGGGCGGGUGGGUGACGACGCAUGCUGACCAUAAGCCCAGCAAGACCGUCACAUCGGCACCGGAAAAGGUUAUUAAUUGGGACGAUGAUGAUGGCGAUGAAGAUGAUGAGGAUGAAGACCAGGCAGAGGACACGGAAGAGCGAAGAUGUCGAUUGUACGAUGUGUACAUGGUUUAUGACCAAUACUACCAAACACCGCGCAUCUUUCUUAUUGGUUACGCCGAAGACCACGUGACGCUUCUCACAAAAGAGGAAAUGAUGCAGGAUGUGUACGCUUCAAAUCGAGAAAAGACAGUCUCUAUCGAUCCGCACCCGUUUCUCAACAUGGCAUGCAUCAGUAUUCACCCGUGUCGCCAUGCAGAAACCAUGAAGCGAUUAGUACACCACAUGAAGGGCCGGUUUGAAAGUGACCAGGCUGACGGCGUUGAAAAGGAGCAAUUCAUCUUCCCCACGCAUAUGGCUUUGUUUUUGUUUCUGAAGUUUAUUUCGUCCGUCGUGCCAACUAUUGCGUAUGAUCUCUCAACCAGCAUCGAUGUUUAG